ACUAUUAGUGCUCAACCGGAAGCUAAUAAUAACCAAUCUACAAAUCAAAUUAUUGGUGCCCGAUCCCAAAAUAAUAAUGACCAGUUACAAACCCUCGAUGAUUAUAAUGGUAGUUCACAAACCGUUGGUGGCCUAUUUCAAGGGGCUCCAAAUACUGGCAUGCAGCUUCCAAGAUCUCAAAACAGUACAAAUCUACUUGCCAAUGCUUUCGUUUACUUUCAGCAAUAUACUGACCUAAUUAGAGGCAUGGAUUUAUUUCCUGGAUCGCAAGGUAUAGGAAAUUCACCACCACAGGAUGACCAAUUUUCAACGUUGCUAGAUUCUUUCCCAUAA